CCCCAGUGAUGCGGCUGCGGAGAAAGCAGCAAAUCCCCCGGCUGUGCGCGCCCUGCCCGGGAUGCUCCAUCCCCGCCUGUGCCGCCCGGGUGCCUGCGCGGCUGGCAGCGCUGCCUAGGGGCGGCGGGGCAGGGGAAAACACGGCUUGAAGGGGGGUGGCACGGGCCUGGGGGGGCCACCUCCGAGGGGCUGCAGGUGGCUUCGAGGCAGGGCUUUGGGGCUCCUGCCGCCUCGUGGGGCAUGGCACGCGUGGGAGCCGGGAGCGCUCGCCCCUGCGGGAGCAGAAGGCGAAGUCUUUCGCGAUGAAUCCCCGGCAGCUUCGAUCGAGCGGUGAGCUGGAGCACCUACCCGCAGGCCACUCCUCGAUGUGACUGCACGGAGGCCUUCGCCAGCGCUCGGAGAGGCGAGCAGAGCCGUGGAUUUACCUCCCGCACACCCACAUCCCCCCCAGCACGGGCACCGCCAGAUUCCAGUGACAGAUGGAUCUCUCUCAUGUGCGCUUGCUCUUUCCCUCUCUGUAUUUUUGUUUUCGACAUGUUUGAUCUAAAGCUCUGAAGCUUCUCGGAGGGAACCCGGGAGCGAAGGAAGAGGAGGAGGAGGAGGAACUGAGGGAGCGUGAGCGACAGAGAAGGCAGCCCUGCCUUAUUCUUCCAAAUCACACCGUGGAGGGGCAGGGGAAGACUAGAGGGGGGAGGGCUUGGGUUUGUUUUGGAGUGGGUUUGGUGUGGGUGGGGGGUGGGUGGGUGGGAGGACAGUGGAAGAAGUGGGACAGUCGCUCCUGAGCAUCAAAGAAGAUUCUCUGUCCUCAGUCUGAAUUUCUGUUUAGAAAAGAAGCACAAAGUGUUCCCUUCCAGACCACUCAGGCUAGGUGGCAGGUUUUGGGUGUGCUUGAAGCAAAUUGCAUGUAUCCUCCCUGCUCCGUGCUCCUGGCUUGACCCAUGGGGCAAGAAGAAACGAUGGCAUUGACACCCAAUAGGACUGCGGUGCUCAUGCACUUCUGUUGCUAAACCCCUAUUUACUACCCCUUUCUCUUUCCUCUGCCUCCAAUUUUCCUUUUGCUGUGGUCCUGGAAUUUGUAUUUUUGUUGCCUUUUUUUUCCUUUUUUUCAUUUUCUUUUUUUUUUUUUUUUGGCCUGAUGAGGGCACCACUGCAGACCAUGAUGUGCCUGGGGUUGUGGGCAGCUGCCCUGCUCUGCUUGUUUUCCCCCGGCACUGUGCGAGGUGACUGCUGGCUGAUCGAGGGGGACAAAGGUUAUGUGUGGCUGGCCAUCUGCAGCCAGAACCAGCCCCCGUACGAGACCAUCCCCCAGCACAUCAACAGCACGGUGCAUGACUUGCGUCUGAACGAGAAUAAGCUCAAAGUGGUGCUGUACUCCUCCCUCAACCGCUUCGGCAACCUGACCGACCUGAACCUGACCAAGAACGAGAUCUCCUACAUUGAGGAUGGGGCUUUCAUGGGCCAGACAAACCUCCAGGUAUUGCAGCUGGGCUACAACAAACUCACAAAUCUGACAGAGGGCAUGUUGAGGGGUAUGGCCCGGCUCCAGUUCCUAUUCGUGCAGCACAACCUGAUAGAGCUGGUCACCCCUACUGCCUUCUCUGAGUGCCCCAGCCUGAUUAGCAUCGACCUGUCGUCGAACCGUCUCAGCCGCCUGGAAGGCAACACUUUCACCAGCUUGAGCAAUCUGAUGGUGUGUGAGCUGGCAGGCAACCCCUUCAACUGUGACUGUAGCCUCUACAGCUUUCUUAACUGGCUGGCGCUCUUCAACAACGUCACCAAGAACUAUGACCGGCUCCAGUGUGAGACGCCACGGGAGUUUGCCGGGUACCCGCUCCUGGUACCUCGGCCUCACCACAACCGCAAUGCCAUCACCAUCUUCCAGUCCAUGUGCAGAGGUGGCACCAUCCCCUCCCUCUCCAGGGUCAACCCCACCCCUUAUACCCCCGACUCCCAGCGAGACUUGGAUGAGGGUUCAGCCAUCAGCCCCGGGGACUUCCUCUCCGUCAAGCCUCCAGCCUCCUCCACCACCGACUCCUCCUUCAGUCCCAGCAUCAAGCUCCACGAUGUCACCAUCACCUCAGCCAUCCUGAUGGUAACCAUCCCCAUGCCCUACAGUAAGAUGUAUGUGCUGGUCCAAUACAACAACAGCUACGUUUCUGACAUUGCGACACUGAAGAGCAAGAAGGAGUACGUCACUGUCAACAAGUUGAAGGCCCACACGGAUUACACUUUCUGUGUGGCCUCCAUCCGCAACAACAGGCGCUACAACCACACUUGCCUGACCUUUGCAACCAGGAGCAAAGGCAGGGAGGACCCCAUUUCCAGUACUUCCACCACCACCCACUAUAUCAUGACCACCCUGGGUUGCCUCUUUGGGAUGGUCAUUGUCUUGGGGGUGGUGUACUACUGCCUGCGGAAGCGGAGGAUGCAGGAAGAGAAACAGAAGUCCCUCAAUGUCAAAAAGACCAUCCUGGAAAUGCGUUAUGGAUCAGAUAUUGAUACCAGUACCAUGGUCCAUCCUUCCCAAAAACUGGGUGAGCCACCAGUGAUCCCUGUCUCACGGAUGUCCUCCAUCCCUUCCAUGAUUGGGGAGAAGUUGCCCCCACCAAAAUCAAUGGAGGCUGGUAUGGAGACCCCCAAAGUCACCACUAAAGGCAACUACAUUGAGGUGCGGACUGGUGGUGGGGAUGGUCUGGAACGGACCCAGCGGGAUGAGGACCUGAGGGAGCUUGACAAUGGGCAAGGCUCAGCUGCCGAGAUCUCUACUAUUGCCAAGGAGGUAGACAAGGUCAACCAGAUCAUCAACAACUGUAUUGAUGCUCUCAAGCUGGACACGGCCUCUUUCCUUGGUGGUGGGACUGGUGUAGACUCAGACAUGGCCUUUGAGUGCCAGUCCAUACCUGCCAGUUCCUCGGGUGGGCUAGAGCGACCCAGCUUUCUUUCCCCACCCUACAAGGAAAGCUCCCACCACCCUUUGCAGCGCCAGCUCAGUGCUGAUGCUGCCGUGGCCAGAAAGACCUGCAGCAUCUCCUCCAGUGGCUCCAUUAAGAGCGCCAAGGUCUUCAGCCUGGAUGUGCCUGACCACCCGCCACUGAGCAAGUCUGACUCCAAAUACAUUGAGAAGGGCAGCCCACUCAACAGCCCUUUGGAUCGUCUUCCCUUGGUGUCCCCGGGCGCCAUCCACCACUUGGAAGUCAAGCCUUCGUACCACUGCAGUGAGCACCGACACUCCUUCCCGGCCCUGUACUACGAGGAAAGUGCUGACACCUUGAGCCAGCGCGUGUCGUUCCUCAAGCCACUCUCCCGCUCCAAGCGAGACUCCACGUAUUCCCAGCUCUCCCCCAGACACUACUUCUCGGGUUACUCCUCCAGCCCUGAGUACUCAUCGGAGAGCACCCACAAGAUCUGGGAGCGAUUCCGGCCUUACAAGAAGCACCACAGGGAGGAGGUUUACAUGGCGGCUGGGCAUGCCCUGCGGAAGAAAGUUCAGUUUGCCAAGGACGAGGAUCUGCAUGACAUCCUGGAUUACUGGAAAGGAGUCUCUGCUCAGCAGAAGCUGUGACUCUCCCCUACUCUUUCCGAGGAAACAAUACAAAACAAGACCCCCUCCCCCAACAACCAGAAAAAAAAUAUGCCACUUGACUGUGAAAAAUAAACCAACAACAAAAUACUCCCAACAAAUACAAAACUGACAGAAUUGUUUCUUAAAGUUUACAACAACAGAAAAACUCUCUCACACACAGACACACACACAUAUGCCGAAUUGUCUCUACUGUGUUACGGGGACCAUUGUUCUGCCUGCAGAUGGUUGGGAGGAGAGUCCUGCUCUGACACUGUGGUAACAGCACUGGAGUGCGGGUGGGUGGCACUGGGAGGGGGUGGCAGUGGUGGCAGGGGAUGGGCAGGGACGGACACUCACCAGGCAUGGAACUCAGCUGUGAACUAUUAUUGCUCUUUCUGUUCUUCUUGCUGCUUGAGAGAUGAUUUUUCUUUUUGGUGGGAGGGGAAAACUUUGGUUUAGAGAGCUUCUCUGCCCACUUCAUACACCUACUUUUCCAAAUUUUCUGUCACAUUAGUUCCCCCCCCUAUAUCCUUUGGCAGUAAAGGCUUUUCUCUCUCUUCUGUCCCCUUCCAAGUUAGGUGGGAUUUGUUGGAAGAAGUUCUCUCUCUCCUUUUCCUUUUCCUCUUCCCUACCCAUCUCCCUAGGCUUGCACUUUUUGUCUAAAUAUUUCAGGAACCUCCAUUAUCCUCAGAGGAAGGAGAGUGUGAUGGACAGGAGGUAGACUCGCCGCACAAGAGGCUCUGUGUCCUCGCUGCUCUCCCCUCUCCCCUUCUCCCGCCAUGCUAUUGAUGUUGAACACCAGCUAUCCCGGAGCGACAGGCCUGCUCAGAGCCAGUUAUCUGCCAGUAAUCGAGCGGUAUGUCUGUGCUCUUUUGCACAUUAAGUCAGGUCCUCAAGGAAAUGUAGAUGAGGAGUCAUGAAGGUCCAGUCUUUCAGAGGUGCAAAGGGUUCCUAUGUCUCCAUGGGUGUCAUAGGUCAUGGGUCCUACCAUUUCCCACCAUGUACCACCCAUGCUGAGGCUGACCUGAGGAGCAGGUUUGGGACACUGUUUUGCCUGCCUUACUAUGAGACAGGGACGUGGAGAGCAGCUAAGCAGAACAACUUGCAUGCACAGCUUGUGUAGUUCUUCCCAACUGACUUGCAUCAUGUUGGGAGAGGGGUAGAAGAGCAUCAGACAUCCUCCUUGCUUUCCUCAGGAGAGUUGAACGCAAAAAGAGGAUUUCUAUUGCUUAGAAAGCACUGGGUCCAUAGAAAAGACACCGAGUGGCUCCCACUUGCACAGGCCAUAGAUACUUUGGCAUGAAUAGGAGAUAGCAUAGGGUAAAGGCAAAAGCACAGGAAAUAAAAGGGAUGUGAGAGUGGGCCUGGGAGCAGCCCAGGAGGGUUGGCUCCAAGAGAAGCUCCCUUUGUGUGUGCAGCCAUAUGGUGUGCUGGGAUAGAGGAGGAUACUAGCCUCUGGAUAGCAGUGUUCCUCUGAAUGCUUGAGAGGCCCUUAAUACUUAAGAGUCAGAACAAACUUACCACCUCCUAAAUCCUCCACCUCCUCACAGUUAGCUGUGACAGACUUUUCUUAGGGACUCUUUAACAUCUUGUCAAAAAAAAAAAAAAAAAAAAAAAAGAGACAAAACCAACAAAUUUUCCUUGCUAGGUCCCAGCCUCUCUCCCUUGGAUAGAAGAGCUGCCACAGUGUUGGGAAUGAGCAUAUUGCCUUCUCCAUCUCGUUUCUGAGCAGCCCAACAAAGCACAAUCGUGGCACCCUCUCUCCCAGAGUUUCCUUGUCAGGCAGGGGUGGCUGCCUGCUGAGUGCAUCUUUAGUGCAUUUUUUAUGCAGCACUGUGGGCCUCCUCUCCAUGAGCUGCACACCCCAAUCGCUCUUCACACCCACCAGGAUGAGAGUGAGGGCCUGUGUUGUGUUGGCCUUUCCCAAGUGGCUAUUUCCUUUCUGAGGUGCUCCUCUGGAGCUCCAAUGAGUCUGGGGGCCCUGGGAAAAGGACAGGUGUGAAGUACCUUCUCUGGGAGGUGUUUAUGUGCUGCCUGCACAUUAUCUGUCAGGUAAUAGCAUUGCCAGCUUUGACAGCUGGUUUCAGUGCUGGAGAUAACAUAGCUUCAUCUUCUAAAAGCGAGGAGCAGCAGUAGGCAGAGCCUGGUGCACAAAAAUCAGAGUGGUAAACCUUAAGGUCUAAGCCUGUGAAGAUCCUUGGCAUCUCUUCCUCCUAGGGAUGCUGAGAGUAACAAUCCUAAGCCAGCUCUGGAUCCCAUUGCCUCAGCCUCCUUCACUGUCAGCCACAUUCCCCCACAGCCAGAGCAUCAUUUUGCUUUGAGUCCAGAGGUAUCCGGGGGACUGAGUCCACCCUGUAAGAGUCAGUGCAACGCAGCAGAAGGGAUGUGUGUGUGCAGAAUGAUGAAGGACAUCGCUGCUGCCAUGUGUUCCUCCGUGUUGGGACAAUGCAGCAAAUCAAGGCAGGCAAAGGCUGUGAGAGGUGCUUAGGCACAGCAGAGACCUCUCCAGCUGCCAUGUGGAAUAGGCCCAGUGGUCUUCCAGCGUGGCACCCAUCCGAACAAGAAAGGCUAAUGGCUGGGGCAUAGAAUUGGAUAGCAAAAGGAGGAUCUCAGGCACAGGGGGAUGGAGUCCUGUUCCGCUCCCUGCCUCUUCCCUCCCUGUGCUUCUCCUCUGCUUUAUGGUCUUGUAAUGAGUUCUGCUCAUAUAGGUUUGUGGGGGAAGCCUCAGCCUGGAAUGGUUUCUGCUCCCUCUGCUCAUCAUCCCAGCAAGGCAGAAUGGUCAGGAAUACAAGUGUCAUCAAGCCCUUCUUUUGCCUGUGGUGGGGGUAAGGUUGGGUGUGAGGGAUAAGCCAUUUCUCUCCCCACUGUAGCCCCCCACUCCAAACCAGUGGGUGAAGUUUGCACAAGAUGGACUGUUCUGUGGGAGGAAGAGGGCAAGGAAGGGGAACAAAGUGUCCCACCUUCCUUCUUCCUCCCUUCUUCCUUGUCCUGCUCCUUCCCCAGGGAUGAGGGCUCACAAAGUGAUGCCAGCCCUGUUGGAGGAAAGCAGAUUUAACGUUAUAUUUGCAUGAUGAUUUUACUGUAUUUUUCUGAGCAAACACCUGUUGUGUAUGUGCCAGUUUGAUGGAAUUUAACUCCCUCCCCAAAGUCUCACCCAUCCUUGUCCCUGUUUUCCGUGCUCCUUUCCUUCAUCCCCGAUGUGAUUUUAUGAGAGACUCCUACCAGUUUGGGAGGGAACACAACCCCAAGAGAUCCCAACCCAAUCAGCCUCAUAAAAAACUCCCCUUCCUCUUUUCAGUGCCCCUUUCCCUUGCCCUAAAUGUGGUCUCCUAAAUGUGGGAUGUGUUAUAUACCAAAGGCCUGUUCUUUCUAGUGGUCAUCAUUUCUCCUAAUUAUUUAGAAAAAGGAGUGAAGUCCAUUGAGACAGAUCUCAUAAGAGAAAUGGUCACUACCGUCCAUCUGCCCUGGUUUCACCUUCCCCAGAUCAACAAGCAAGGCCAUUCUUGGGGGAGCAAGGACUACCUCACCUGAAGAUAAACUACUGUCACAGUAAAAGCUUGAUUUGGAGCCUGUUGCAGUCGCCGUAAGACUUCCCACCACCUUCCUCUCGUUGACUGCAGGAGGCUCAGGGUUAGGUCUGUCCUACUCCUCCUCUCCUGUGGGUGGCCCUGGCAGAGGGCAGGGCCUGAUGACAACUCUAAGACCUCCAUGGUGGGAAAAGGCCCUAAGAGAAGCCUGAAGUUUCUAAGCCCUCUAUGGCAGGCUCACCCCUGCCUUCUCCCAGGGCAAAGUGAAUCCAUGGGGCAGAACCAAGACCAGCCCCCUUCACACUUUAUUUCUGGGCUGGUGACUCCCGACAGGGAAAAACAAGGGUUUAGUUCACCUCACUGAAAAGAGUGGAGGGUGAGGAAUGAGAUGGGGUUCUCACCUGCCCUUUCCCCCCAAGAACAGGUCCAGGGGAGCUGUGCUGGAUUCCCACACCCAGGAGGGUGAACGUGAGACCCUAGGUGUGCUGUUCCCGUGGUGCAGAGCCCUUCCCCACCCCUGCGGGUGCUGCUCCUGCUCCAGUGCCACAUUCCCCUCGCCCGCUCCCCACUCUUCUGUGCUGAAUAAAUCCCUCCUGAGGCAGGUGUGAAAUAUUCAUGACUGACAAAUGAAGAUUUAUGUCAGGCUGGGGAGGCCUCUGUGUGUUUGCAAUGCUAAUCAGCCUGCCUUCCUGGAGGAGGCUCUGCCAGGAAGGCUUGGGGGAAGGAGGGGGAGAUGCAGAAGGGAAAAAGGAGCUGAGGAAGAGAAAGAAGGGGCAGAGACAGCAGGGAUGACGAGGGUCUGUUGUACUGAAGGGACCAAGGGAUGGGGAGGGCACUAGGAGGAAACAGGGAGACAGAGGGGGCAGAGAAGAGGGACAGGAUGGAAGGAACAGGGGAAGAGGUGGACGCACAGGAAAGAAUAGGAUAGAAAGGACCAGUGAGAGAAAGGGCUGAAUGCACAGGGGGGGAAGUAAGUCAAUGCCUGAAGAGAAAAGCUGGACAGACUUCAUGAUGAGCUGUGGCCGCUCUCUGUAGGGCAGAGCUCAGCGCUACAGGUCGGGCAGGAGCUGGAGCCACGGCCCCGAAAGCACAUUUGCCAUGCUUGUUGCUGACCGGAGAGCUCGGCUGCAUCUGGAAACACACACGGCCUCCGGGAACCUGGAGAACGCCCCUCUUCCACCGCCACCACCUCCUUCAGCAUAAGCUGUGCUCAUGGAGCCACAUCCUCUUGCGGGAGCCAGCCUGCUGCUGAUGUCCCACUGCCUGAGCAGGAGGGAGCAUCUUCGGGGUGACUCGGUGUGGGAAGGACACUCAGCGCCACCCUCCACCAGGCUGCGGGGGUCUUUCGUAGGGCUGGAGGAGCCUGCCCCACCUCAGCUGCCCCCUCCGUACCCUGGCUGAGGCAGGCGUUUUGGGGUCUUUACCCAAAGAAGGGGCAGAGGGGGUGUCUGUUGCCUCCCCCAUACACACACACGCAUCCUGUCCCUCCAGCCACUUUGCUCUUGUGCUGCGAGGGGCUUUCUUGAUCUGCCUCCCCAUUUCUUCCCCUGCCUUGCGCUGUGGGAAGCUCUCCCUAUACCUCUCCCCAUGCAGCCCUGCCAUGGCAGCUCUAACCCACCCCUAUUCAACCCUUCUCCUCUUUCGCCCUCUCACGGGUCCCCCUUUGUCCGCCCCAUCCUCACGCGUUUGGCUUGGCCUUCGCCUCCCCGUUACCACCACCGCCACUGUGAGGCCUUGCUCUUCGGUGGCCUGCUCCCACCGCCUGCUCUCCCCCUGUCCCUGGGGGGAAGAAGGAGCCGUCUGGGUCAGGCGAGGUCCACCGGGGCUGGUACCGCUGGUCCAUCCACAAGCACAGCACCUGGGGCGAGGGGGUGGGAAGGGGUGGGCAGCUGCGGGGGCAAAGAGCCAAGGGGGGGCUCCCCUUGAAUGUAAAGAAGGGCCUCGGAGGCAGCUGCUGGGACUGGCUCCUUGUGGCCUCUUUGGUGUUCCUCUUUCCGCAACAACCCUGUGACCCCCCCCCCGGUUGUGUAUGGACACAUUUGAGUUGGAGUUAUGUUCUUUUCUCUGUUCUUUUAUUUUUUUCCCCUUUCCUUCUUUUGGAUUUCUCUUUUUUUCUCUUCCUUUUCUUUCUCUCUCUCUUUUCUUUUUCUUCUUUCUUUUCCUGUUUUAAAAAUGAAUGGCACGAAAUCGUUUUUCCUCAACUCGGAGAUUCCUGUAUGGAGAAAAUCAAUUUCUAUAUUUGCAAUAAAUUUCUUAUUUAAAAAAAAGCAACAAAAAAUCCAAAAAAAACAACAAACAAAAAAUGUGAAAA